AUGGACCCAGCCGACAUGUUCAGCGGCGGCGGCUUCGGCGGCAUGGGAGGCAUGGGAGGCAUGGGCGGCAUGGGCGGAAUGGGAGGAAUGGGAGGAAUGGGCGGCAUGAACGGAACGCACAUCAACAUCGACCCGAACAUCCUCUUCAACAUGAUGAACGGCGGAGGCGGCGGCGGCGGCUUCGCCUCAGCCGGCGGUAACCCCUUCGGAGGCCAGCGCAACGGAGGCGGAUUCCCAGGUGGAUUCCCCUUCUAA